AUGCAGGGAGCAGUUUUUCUCCUGGUUCUCCUGGGUGCCAUAUCAGGGAGAGAAGCGCUACACCUAAUCCACUUGCCUGCUACAAGCAGCGUGGCCGAGAAUUCUCCACCUGAGACUCCAGUGCACAAGUUUUCUGUGAACUUAUCAGCCUCGCUGUCACCCGUGACUGCAGGGUUGCCCCUGAUUAUCAACACAAGCCCCCUCACUGACGCCUUCAAGGUGAACGCGCUGUCAGGCUUGGAUUUUGAGGUUGUCACCACUGGGAAGGAAGAACUAGACUUUGAAACCGGACCAAACAUAUUUGAUUUGCAGAUUUAUGUUAAGGAUGGCGUCGGUGUCACUGACCUACAGAUCCUGACCGUGCAGGUAACAGACGUGAACGAGCCACCUCAGUUUCAAGGCAAUUUGGCAAAAGGUCUAGACCUCUACAUAGUGGAAGGAGCAAACCCGGGAUUCAUUUAUCAGGUUGAGGCCUUCGAUCCAGAAGACACAAGCCGAAACAUACCUCUGAGUUAUUUCCUGACCGUCCCCUCAGUGAACUUCGGCAUGUCUGCUAAUGGGACCCUCUUCUCCACCACGGAAUUUGACUUUGAGGCAGGACACAAAAGUUUCCAUCUCGUCGCGGGAGUGAGAGAUAGCCGAGGGCUCGAAGCCUCCACAGCCCUCCAGGUGAACAUUGUGAACGUCAACGAUGAGGCCCCUCGCUUUACCAGCUCAGCGCGAGUGUACACGAUUCCUGAGGAGCUGGCUUCAGGCACCAUUGUGGCCAACAUCACAGCUGAGGACCCCGAUGAUAAAGGCUCUACCGGCUUCCUCCUCUACAGCAUCACAACUGCUAACAGCUAUUUCAUGAUCAACCAGUGGACGGGUACGAUCCAAGUGGUCCACAGGCUAGACCGAGAUGCAGGUGACCUAAGACAAAAUCCCACCAUUUCUCUGGAAGUUCUGGUGAAGGACAGACCCUCGGGGGGUCAGGAGAAUCGCAUGCAGAUAACCUUCAUUGUGGAGGACAUUAAUGAUAACCCUGCCACGUGCACCAGGUCCACUUUCAGCGUUAUGGUGCCUGAAAGAGCGGCCAAGGGGACGUUGCUUCUGGACCUGAACAAGUUCUGCUUUGACGAUGACAGCAAAGCACCAAACAACCAAUUCAACUUCACCACGCCAUCUGGAGUGGGAAGCGGCGGCAGAUUUUCGCAGGAUCCAGCUGGCUCUGGGAAAAUCGUGCUGAUUGGUGACCUAGAUUAUGAAAAUUCAAAUAAUCUGGCAGCCGGCAACAAAUACACUGUGAUAAUCCAGGUGCAGGACGUUGCCCUUCCUUACUAUAAAAACAAUAUCUACAUCUAUAUCCUCACAAAGCCAGAAAAUGAGUUUCCUCUUGUCUUUGAUAAGCCGUCCUACGUAUUCGAGGUGUCGGAAUUAAGGCCAGCUCGAACCCGGGUCGGACAAGUGCAUGCCUCUGAUAAAGACUUCCCCCAGAGCAGGGUCGUGUACUCCAUCUCCACCGGCGGAGCCAGCCUCCAGUACCCAAACAUAUUUUGGAUCAAUCCCCAGACGGGAGAACUCCAGCUGGUGACUAGAGCAGACUACGAAACAACCCCCGUCUAUAUUCUCAGAAUCCAGGCCACCAACAGCGAGGACACCAGCACAGUCACUGUAACUGUGAACGUCCUUGAAGAAAAUGACGAAAAGCCCGUUUGUACCCCAGACUCUUAUUUCCUGGCCGUCCCAGUGGAUCUGCAAGUUGGCACAAACAUUCAGAAUUUCAAGCUGACGUGUACCGACCUCGAUUCCAGUCCCCAGUCUUUUCGUUACUCCAUUGGCUCAGGCAACGUCAACGGUCAUUUUACCUUCUCUCCCAACGCUGGGUCCAACAUUACAAGCCUGUUCCUCAUGACACGCUUCGACUACGCCAGUGGGCUUGAUAAGAUCUGGGAUUACAAGCUGCUUGUCUACGUAACUGAUGACAACUUGCUGUCUGGCAGGAAGAAAGCUCAGGCUCAUGUUGAAACGGGGACGGUGACGCUGAGCAUUAGUGUCAUUCCUCACCCCACCACCGUUGUCACCACAACCCCUAGGCCCAAGAUCAUCUACCAGGUCCUGAGAAAAAACAUCUAUUCUCCAUCAGCAUGGUACGUGCCUUUUGUCCUCACUUUGGGCUCCAUAUUGCUUCUGGGCCUCCUGGUGUCCCUGCUCGUCCUGUUGGCCAAAACCAUCCACAGACGCUGCCCCCGCAAGACUGAGAAGCUCAAGAAACCUCCGGCGGAGAAAGGAGAAACGAAAAAUACAAAACCAGAGAUACUGGUGGAAACAAUCCAGUUGAGCUCUGUCUUUGAUGGAGAAGCCAUAGACCCAGUUACCGGGGCAGUAUAUGAAUUCAACUCAAACACAGGAGCCAGAAAGUGGAAAGAUCUCUCAACCCAAAUGCCAAGAUGGAAAGAGCCCCGCCCCCAGGGAGCUGCUCCAAGCAGAGCCGUCACCGUGGAAGGGGCUGGGAGGCCACCGAGGAGCAUCGGGGAGCAAGAUGGGCCGAGCGGCAAAGCACCAACUGAGGACGCGAGCCCGGGUUCCAGAAACCAGGAUGGCAAGAUGGGCACCCCCAAGAGCAGAAGCCCAGCCCUCCCAAGCAGGGCUUCCCCCAGACUGCACCCAGGAAAGUAAUGGGUACCUGGGUGUGGGGCC